CGGCGGUUGCUGUGGGACGGAGGAUGGAGGGAAGCCGCUCCUACACACCUCCCUCUGGGGCUGCUGCUGCCCCCGCAAAGGGUGCUGGCCAGGCCAGGAGCUUGCCUGCCUCCCCCUCCAAGGACGUGCCCCGGGGUGUUGAGGGGAUCGUUUUUUCUUCCUCUCCGGUUUUAGACUUGAGUCAAAGAGGUCUGCACCAUUUGGAAGAUGUCUUUAAAGUCCCCAACCUUCAACAACUGCAUCUUCAAAGGAACGCCCUCUGCACGAUUCCUAAAGAUUUCUUUCAGUUGCUGCCAAACCUUACUUGGCUAGACCUUCGGCAUAAUAGAAUUAAGGCGCUUCCUUCUGGGAUUGGAUCUCACAAGCAUUUGAAAACUUUACUUUUAGAAAGAAAUCCUAUCAAAAUGUUACCUGUGGAGUUGGACAUGGUUUUCUGCAUUUCCUUGAACAUAUAUAUAAUGGCUGCUUUGAAGUCUUUGCUAAAAUCAACAUCUGGGCCGACUCAAAGACAGUUUCUGCCGGCAGCUUGUUUGCUGAGGAAUAUAACUACACUAAAAGCACUGAACUUAAGACAUUGCCCUCUGGAGUUCCCUCCUCAGCCUAUUGUGGAGAAGGGAUUGGUGGCUAUCCUGACCUUCCUGCGGAUCUGUGCGGUAGAGCAAUCCUUCCCCAGGGAUUCAACUUCCCCAGAGAUUUCACCAGUUACGAAGAAGAACCUAAGUGAGCUUCCAAGUCCCGUGUUGGCUUUAUCCAAAGAAUGCGUGUCUAAUGAAGAAAUCAUUAACUCUCAGGAUCCAGAGGAGGCUGUGUUAAAAGAAAAGGCAGACUUUUUCCCACCUGUUGAGAAACUAGACCUGAGUGAACUCAGAAAGUCCACUGAUUCUUCAGAACACUGGCCCAGUGAGGAGGAGAGAAAGCGCUUCUGGAAGCUGAGGCAGGAAAUCGUCGAGAAGGAAAAGGCAGAAGCUGCCGAGCAUAAGCUCUUAGCGAUGGAAUUACCUCCCAGUCUCAAGGCGGCGCUGAACAGCAGGGACAGGGGACGUCCAAAGCUGAGAGCCACGUUCAGAAGGAAGACAUCCUCCUUCGGGAGCAUCUUACCUGAUCUCUCGUCGCCCUAUCAAGUUUUGAUCCAAGCGAGGAGGCUGGAAGAGAGUCGCGUGGCGGCCCUCCGUGAGCUCCGGGAGAAGCAGGCACAGCUGGAGCAGCGGAGGAGAGACAAGAAGGCACUGCAGGAGUGGAGAGAGCAAGCCCAGCUGAUGAGGAGGAAGGAGGGGCUCGGCACACGCCUGCCUCGAUGCAGCAGCACGGUGGCGUUAAGGACUCCGUUUGCCACAGAUCUGACAGAUAAUGCGACAGCACCAAGAGACCCACGUGGAAAAGUGAAGUGCGCCAAAGAGAAAGUGUCGCUAGCAAGUAAAGACAGAAGCAACGUCCUCGAGGGGAGCUUAGAAGAGAGGAUAAAACAGCAUCUUCGGCAGAUGCAGGAACGAAGGAGGGGCUUCCGCGGGACGGCGCCACUGGACGAGGGAAGGCAGGCUGCCCAGGACUUGCAAGUUGCCAAAGAGCUACUGGAUGAAGUAAUGAAACUCAAGGUGGGAUUGACCUUGAGCCAAGAGCAUCAGUUUACAAGCCUCACUGGAAACCUUUCGCGUCGCCCGCCAGUGCCACGGCCUCAGAAUAGAUUUUUUAACACGAGAUAAUAAGAAUCAGAAAAUGCUUGCGGAUGCUAGUGGCGCCUGGUGGCUGUGCUGAUGGAGACAUCUCCAGACGUGAGAGCUGGCUCGACACUGAUUUCCUUCUCAGGCGCUGGGGCGAGCAUCAGAAUCAGUGCUGUUCUGAUUUAUUCACGGGUAGCCUAUUGUUUUUAAUAAAACUGUGUUUCUUUCCUGGGCUGUGGAAGGUUGAAGCUGCAUUAAAAGAAAGAGAAUACUGUA